AUGGCGAAAUUAGCCGCGUUCAGUGUUGACAAAAAAUCUCAGGAGUACGACGAGUAUCAGUUCACGCUACCCGAGUUAUUCCGUGACAUUGCCAAGAAAGAGCUGCGUGAAGAUGACUCGGUCCGGGAACAAUCGUUGACGGAAAUGCGCCAGUGGAUCGCGAACAAUGAGAACAUCUGGAAGUGUCGCACGGACGCCAAGUUCCUGCUACGGUUUCUUCGCUUCCAGAAGUUUUCCGUCCCGAUGGCCUGUGAGGCACUAGAACGCUAUCUGAUGAUGCGUGAGACCUACCCGAGCUGGUUCCAGAAUCUCGAUAGCUACGAUACUGCGAUAAAGGAGCUCUACUUGGACGGUUCUACGUCUAUUCUUGGGCAGGAUAGUGCAGGGCGUACGGUAAUAUUCUUCCGUGUCGCCCGCUUCGUGGCGGAAAAGAUGGUCCCACCUAAGGGUGCUCAAUUUUUAGCACUCCUGCUGGAAGCGAUGCUCGAGUGGGAAGAGGUGCAAAUCGGAGGACUGAAGCUGAUGGUCGACUACAGCGAUAUGGAUUUGGCGAUUUACGAAAAGUGGAGUGCAUCGGAGCUACGGCUUGUCAUGAAUGCCUACAGCCGGCUGUACCCACUGCGCUACAACGAUGUACACGCUGCCAAGCUGUCGAAAAAAGCAGUCCCAAUCAUCGAGAAGCUGCUGUCGUUCACCGAUCCCAAAAUACGGGAGCGAAUUAAUUGCUAUGCCUCUGUGGCCGAGAUGCAGAAACAUUUCGAACCAGCCAUGGUUCCGAACGUUUACGGUGGGCAGGUCGAUCUGGAUAUCCUCAAUCAGUCCGUCUGGUCUCGCAUCGAGCAGCAGCGGGAUGUCGUGCUGGGAAUGGACAAUAUGGAAAUCAAUCUCGACCAUUACGCACCAAUCUGGGACGAGAUGAAUGUUGCCACUUUGCCCGCUGACGUUUCCUCCGCUUAA